AAGAGAUGCAGAAAGACACAUCUCCGCUGCCACCCUCUGCACCCUUGGUCUCAAACAUCAGCCUGGGUGAAAACCAGCAGGCCAGCACAUCGGGGCUCACCAACAAUGAGCCAGGGUCUCGCAGCCACCCCAAAGUCCAGCGGAAGCCCAGCAUGUCCAAGGUGAUCCUGGGGUUUCUUGCCAACAAGGGGCGUCGCAGUCGCGUGUCCCAGGUUGCCCUGAAGAAGGCGCUGGCUGCCACAGGCUACGACAUGACCCGCAACACGUGGCGCUUCAAGCUCGCACUCAACAAGCUGAUGGACAAGGGGUUGCUCAAGCAGGUGACCGGCAAGGGUACCACGGGCUCCUUCCGCUUGAGCAGGAAGCAAGCCUCCAAGUUCAAGCUCAAGACCAAGAGAGGACAGAAGCAGAAAAAGUCUGGGCAGCGCCGGGCUGGGCGCCGUCAGGCUAGACAGAGCGUGUCACCACUAGACUCCACAGAGGGCCGAAAGCGGCCUUUCAAAGGAGUUCGCAAGGUGGCCAAACGCAGCCACAAUUGAUGAGCCAGGCCAGGCCAGCGAGCUGGGGGUGCCUGGCCCACCUUAGGCUCAGUGCAGCGAGAAUAAAAGGAGCCU